AUGAAGUCACAACUUGUUACAUCAUCGGGGUAUCCAAUUGAACUACAUCGAGCUGUAACUUCCGACGGUUACAUCUUACAAUUGCAUCGAAUACCUUCAGGAAGGCGAACUGUUAGAAAAACUGGUCCAAGCCUCAAAGGCAAAAAAGUCGUGCUAAUUGGUCAUGGACUCCUUGGUAGCAGUGGAGAUUUCGUCCUUAUGGGUCCAGGGAAGAGUAUAGGUAAGGAGUUUAAUACGCGUGCUCUUGCUUUGUUUAAUGUUCCAGUAUACUUUUUGGCGGAUGAGGGCUAUGACGUUUGGCUCGCCAAUUUCCGAGGAAACAUUUAUACAUCUCACGAAACCUAUACAAGGGCUGAUCGACGCUUUUGGGAGUACAGUUUUCACGAGCAUGGCACCCUAGACCUACCCGCAUGUAUCGACAAAGUACUAAACGUUACAGGGUUACAGAAGUUACUUUACGUAGGAUAUUCCAUGGGAACUACUACAGCCUUCAUAAUGUUAUCCGAACGUCCUGAAUACAACGACAAACUGUUGUCGUACGUGGCGCUCGCGCCAGCGGUAUACUUGACCAAUAUUAAGUUGUUCGCCGAAUGGACGCUAAAGGAGUUUCCAAUUCUCGAGUAUCUUCGAUCUGUUGGGGUAUUGGCAAUCGAUAUAAAUCCUGAAGCUCUAUAUCUGCUCGUCCAAGCCUGGUGCUCUGUAAGAGAAGUUCGAUUAAACGUCUGCAUGAGAGUAGUUUACCGAUUCGUUGGAAAUGAUGAAGAGCAGUAUGAUCCAGAUAUCAUGCCACUAGCAAUAGCGAGGAUGCAGCCCGCGUCAUUUCGCCAAUUGGAGCACUUCGGUAAAAUUGCUAUGACAGAUGAAUUUACAGCAUGGGAAGACGGCUUGUUCGGAUCGGUGAGGGCUUACAAUCUCGACAAUGUAAAAACACCUGUUACUCUUAUGUAUUGUGAAAAUGAUAAGCUCACUGAAAAAAAGCAAAUAUAUCGUCUCGCUAGAAAAUUAAAUUCUACAGGAGUUUUAGAAGCCAUUCAACCUAUUGGCGAUUGGUUUAAAUUGAAUCAUUUGGAUGUCGUAUUUGCAAAAGAUUUGGGGACCAUGGUCAGUCAACAUAUAAUGAAGCAUAUAGGUUAUAUAUUUAGUAAAAAUGGC